CUACACGCUUCUAGAUCCCUCUUCCUUCAAAAUAUCAAUUUUUCUUUUUUUUUUUGUCUUUUGAUUUGUUUUCGAUAUUGAGAGAUGAGAAAAUCUUAUUACGUCUCAUUCCCCAAAUCAACGAUGCUUAGUGUUUGCCCCAAAAAUUAUAUAAACACAAUCGAUACAUACAAAGCUUGUGACUCGAAGAAGGAUUCGUUUCUCUAAUAAGAGCUAAAGCUUCUUCCUUUAUCUCCUCCUCUGCUCUUUCAUCUCUCUGAAACGAAGGAAAGAAUCAUGAUAAAUCCUUUCUUAUCAAUCCAAAAAUCCUCAACCAAGUUCUUGGUACCACCACUUUCCUCCAUUAACAGGCAACAACUAGAAGAGAGGCAGAGAAAGAACAAUACCCUUUUCACGGUGGAAGCCAAACCAAGAAGAGCGACGACAUUCGCGUGUCUCUCCAUAAGGAGAAGAAGAAACAACAAUGGUGUGUUUGAAUCUGAAGACACGGCGAGGUUUGAACAAUUGGGUGGUAAAGGUAUCUCGCUUUUGUGUGGGCUAGGUUAUUGGGUACAAGGAUCAAGAUGUUUCCCAUGGCUUGCACUUAACUUCCAUAUGGUUCAUAGCCUCGCACUCCAACCAUCGACGCUUCAGCUUGUGCAAUACUCUUGCCUUCUUCCCAUGGUGGCCAAACCUCUCUACGGUGUUCUCUCAGACGUUCUUUACAUCGGAAGUGGUCGUAGAGUUCCUUACAUCGCCAUUGGAGCUUUUCUGCAGGUCUUGGCAUGGGGUUCAAUGGGGAUAUUUCAAGGUGCUAGAGAAUUCCUUCCUUCUCUAAUAGCAUUUGUCCUGCUAAGUAACCUUGGAGCGUCCAUCACUGAGGUUGCAAAAGACGCUCUUGUUGCAGAAUAUGGUCUGAGAUACCGAAUCAACGGACUCCAGUCUUACGCACUCAUGGCUUCAGCGGCUGGUGGAGUACUUGGAAACUUACUUGGAGGAUAUCUCUUACUCAAAACACCUCCUAAGAUCUCCUUUCUUGUGUUCUCUGGUUUGUUGUCUCUGCAGCUUCUUGUUUCUUUAUCUUCCAAAGAAGAAUCUUUCGGCUUACCACGGAUAGCAGAGACAAGCUCGGUUUUAGAUAGCAUAAAGAAACAGUUAUCGAAUCUGACGGAAGCAAUUCAGGCGGAUGAAAUCUCCCAGCCUUUGAUUUGGGCAGCAGUUUCCAUUGCGAUGGUCCCCCUUCUCUCGGGUUCAGUCUUCUGUUACCAAACUCAAGUUCUGAAUCUAGAUCCUGCGGUUAUUGGAAUGUCGAAAGUUAUUGGACAGUUGAUGCUUCUUGGUCUAACCGUGGUCUAUGAUCGAUACUUGAAGAUACUUCCCAUGAGACCGCUGAUCCAUAUCAUCCAACUCUUGUACGGUUUGUCGGUUCUCCUCGACUUUAUCUUGGUGAAGCAAUUAAAUCUCGGAUUGGGGAUCUCCAAUGAGGUUUAUGUGCUGUGUUUCUCGAGCUUAGCAGAGAUCCUUGCACAGUUUAAGAUCCUUCCCUUUGCAGUCCGAUUAGCCAGUAUGUGUCCGCAGGGGUGUGAAGGGUCAGUCACGUCUUUUCUUGCAUCAACUCUGUGUCUAUCACAAAUAGUUAGCGCAUUUUUAGGCGUAGGAUUGGCUAAUCUGAUCGGUAUAACAUCAAGUAACUAUUCAAACCUGCCUUCAGGGAUUCUCAUACAGUCUCUAGCAGCUUUGUUACCUUUGUGUUUCCUACACUUGGUGCCAAUGUCAGAGCCUGUGAUUGAGAAAGAAGGCAAAAGAGGUAUAAGUAAAAGAAGCAGGAGAAACAGACGAGUUGGGAGAGUAGUAGACAAAGAAAACGUUACUUAUCGACGGGAAAGAGAGUCAGAAGAAGCGCAAAGAUAGCAUAGUUAACAAUUUAGAAUAGUUGUAUAUUUUGUCAGUGUACUGUAUUUUGUCAGUGUUUCUUGCGGUUUUUGUUUGGCAGUUUUGUAAUGCCCAUUCGCCAAUAUCACUGAUUGUCAAUCCAACAAGAUAAUCAUGGUUCAUGAAUGUUAUCUAAAUUUGGAUGCA